UUUUGUCUCAGUUUAGACGAAAGUGAUAGUUAGAUAGCCAAAAAUUGCAUUAGCUAAAUGUAAACGUCACGUCAGGUUAUUAGAUUAUGUUUAUUUUGUAGUCGUCGAAUAGUAUGUUUCUUUAUAAGUUUAAACAAUAAAGUCCCCUUAACAAAGUAUAAAUACGAUUAUUCCACAAAAUCUUCAACACUCUCUCAUUAUUAACUAACCUCUCAGCAACUGCAAACACGUUCUUGUUCGAAGUUUAGCGUCAUUCUCUCGCGAUUCCUCUGUUCCACUGAUUCUCUCUAAUGGCGGACAAGAAAGACUUAGACCCAAAUCAUCCCGCGGAAGAUGGAACGUUUCUGUGCCCAGUAAAGAAGAGAGCAAUAGCUGAAAGAUCACUUACUGGGUUUGGUAGAGCACACGAGCCCGAGUUCAAGAAACAGAGACUCGAACAGCUCCAGAGGAAAGCUUAUCACUCUGUUCUCCUUGCUUCCAAAUCAGAAUCCUCGGGAACAUCACACAAGUCUCAUAUCAUACAAAAGCUGAUGAACGAGUGGAACAUCGAUCAAGAAACUCACAUCUCUGUUGCGCAUAAGAUUGAUAACUCUGAUAAGAAUGCAACUUGGAUGAUUCCAAACUCUCUUCCUAAUCCAGAGUCUCUUGUUGGUAAACGUGUCCAUGCAAGAUCCCCUGAUGAUGAAGAUGAUGAUUCACCAACGAACAAGAAGAUCAAACUCCAUAAACAGGCUUACGACCAUGUUCUCCACGCCUUCAACGCAGAAUCUCCAGCACUAUCACACGUAAAAACAGCUCUUUCUAUCAUCUUCUUUCUUUUCUUACAAUGUUGUGUGCUCAUAUGUCUUGUCUUCUUCUUUCAGUCAAGGACUUUGAUCAUGCAACACCUCCUUGACGAAUGCAACAACAAAGCUCAUAUCAAUAAGAUAGUGGAGCCAAGAUCCAGACUCUUACCCGAAGGCUUACAUUUUCGUCCAACAGAUGUUGAGAUGGCAAUCUUUUUGAAGCAAAAAGCUCUAGGACAGCCAAUAGAAGCCUGCAUCAUACCUGAAGAACGUCACGAUAUCUUCUCAAUACCACCUCGUGAUUUGCCUGGCUAUCCAGAAGAAACACAUUGGUAUUACUAUUGCUGGAAAUCUACGGGACAACAAGACCCUCGAAGUCUCUGGACACGGUUCCGUGAAGAUACUGCUGUCUUCGAUGAAGAGGAGAACUGUGUCGCUGUCAAACGUAGGUUUACUCUCGUUGAGCGGGAAGAAGAAUGUAAUGACGUUUUCUUGCCUGACGAAGAAGAGCCUCCAGUGGAAGAAUGGUUCAUAAAAGAGAUUAGUCUACCACCAAGUGUUGCAGAUAGUGAGUUUGUUUUGUGCCAUGUCGUUCUCAAGAAAAGGGAGAAGAAGAAAGAAGAAGAAGAAGAAUACUACGACGAAGAAGAAGAAGAAGAGGAUUAAAUCGUUACAAUGUAAAACAUACAAAACUGCUUUUAUGAUUUUGCAUUUUACUUAGUUUUACUGCUCUUCUCAUGAGAGAAUCUUAUCGUUCCAUUUAGGUCGGGAGAUGAAAAACUUGAAAACCAAAAUGUAUCUGUUGAGAAACUGUUUUAAGA